AUGACCUGCGUAAUGGUCCGCGGUUCAGUGGUCGGCAUAUUUCUUAACCACGUCGCCACACCCUACAAAGGUGGAGCUUGGCUGCUUGAAGUCCUCACUAUUCUUAGUUUUUUCUAAAGCCGGGCCUUCGGUCAUGUUUUAGGCGAUCGCCACUCCGACAUAACGAUGACUUUUCAAUUUCACCAGGCGGCAAAAGACGGGUAUUUAGACUUGUUGCGGGACGCUACCAAGAAGGACUGUAACCGCGUCGAUGAAGAUGGCCGAACUCCAACCUUGUAUGCGGCUUUUUACGGUAACAUCGACGCUCUGCGACUGAUCGUGAGUCGUGGAGGUGAUCCUGAUAAGUGUGACCUGUUAGGCAACACACCAUUACACUUCGCUGCCGCCAAUGGAGAUUUGAACUGUGUGACAUUUCUUGUGUCGUUUGGUUGCAACAUAUGGGCUUUGGAUAACGAUCACCGUACACCGUUAGAUGUUGCUGCUCUUCGUCAAAGAAUUGAGAUUGUACAUGCUCUAGAUAGCGUUGCUGGGAAGCAGUCUGCUCUGAAUAAAAAGAUGGUGAAGCGACUCAAAGAAAAAGCGAUCCUUGAUGCUGACAAGCGGAUCAAAAAAUAUAGUAAGAUAGUCACUAAGCAAGAAAAACAAAUGCAACUUGAAGAGAAGAAAUUGAACAAACAGCAGCAAAAACCUUAUGUCAAAGCUUCAGGUCAUUCAACGGCACCCCCGAAUAUGCCAUAUUCAGCAGCUAUGAACAAAGGUAGGCCAGGAUACAUCGAAAGGAGAGUUGAGAAAAAGCGUCAUUCGAAUGGGACAUUUGGUGGUUUCACGCAACCUGUAGAUGAUGCCAGCAAGCGUUCUGUGCGCUCAACUACGAAUGCCAGUGUCAUGAUGAUGAGCGAAUCAUCCUCCGCACGGAAGCCAUUAACAGAUGAUCUGUUUGACAGCAAAGUGACACAUAGUAAUGCUGUGUUACAAUACGGAGGUACAAGAGACUCUGGUUUUCAAGACUUGGAAGACGAUCUGGAUUCACGAAAACCAGCAAGAAAUGGAUUUGGCAUGAUGUUCCUACCGUCAGUAGCUUCACCGGUGUUGCUAUCGAAUGACGUUGAUGGUAAACAACAUUUACCGAUGAAUGACGAAGACACCCUAGAUGACGUUAUUGACAUUGAACAUCAAGUUAAUACCCAAGGAGAAAGUACAAGCCUUGGGACUGAUGCUGCAAGCACUCUUCCCUGGGAUGCAGAUGACCUUGAUUUGGAAGAUGACGACGAUGAUGUCAUAAGUUCACCAUUAGAAUUAUUCUUGGCUGCCCACGGAUUAACUGAUUACUUGCCAUUAUUUACAAAUGAACAGAUUGAUCUAGAUUCGCUUAUGUUAUGCAGCGAUAAAGAUUUGAAAGGCAUCAAUUUACCUCUUGGUCCUCGUAGAAAAGUCUUGGAAGCUGUCGCCCGUAGAAAAGCAGUGCUUAGUGAACCUGGGCCUAUUAAUGACACUGUACUGUAAAAUCUUGUGUACAAAUUAUCGUUAUAAUCAGUAUUUUC